AUGGCUCUCCCAAACCUCUUCUCCCCUUCUCUCCUCCUCCUUCUCGUCCUCGUCCUCGUCUUCUCUCCUGUCCACAUGGUGGCUGUUGUGGAAGCCCAGAUGGAUGACACUAGCUUGCAGCUGAUGACGGAUGCCAUGGAGUGGCCGACCACCCCCUCCCUCUACUCUUCUUCCUCCUACCCUUUCGGCUAUGAGGGAGACGAAGAAGAGCUAGGGGAGGCGGCCAAGGAUAACAGGAGGGCUCUGUUCUGGCGUCGGAUCCAGUACUACAUCUCCUACGGGGCGCUGUCGGCCAACCGGGUGCCGUGUCCUCCUCGCUCUGGCCGCUCCUACUACACCCACAACUGCUACCGCGCCCGUGGCCCCGUCCGCCCCUACCAUCGUGGCUGCUCUGCCAUCACCCGCUGCCGGAGAUGA